GUACGCCCAGGGUCUCUUAAUCCAAACCUAAAGAGAAACCGCUCAUAUCAAACAAUCUGGUUGCCUGCUGCGUCUUCACGAGUGCUAAAAUGCAACGUUUGGGAAAGUCAUUUACACUUUUCGUAAUCGUCCUAUUCAGUGACUUGAGCUUUACGCAUUGUGGUAAUGUGCUUGUGCUGCCGGGAGAAUACAGCCACUGGUACAACAUGCGCAACAUUGUGGGCGAACUGUUGAACCGCAAUCACAGCGUGACGGUUCUGGUGAACUCAGCCUCGCCAACUAUAAACUUCACACAGCAAGAGAGGUUUCAGUAUCUGGUGUUUGAUGUGCCUUUGAAGGCGCACGAGGUGCACAGUCUGAGCGAACAGCUGGUCAAUAUCUGGAUGCAGUAUCCCAGACCAAAUAUGGUCCAAAUCGGUCUCCAGAUCAUGGAUGUGUUGGGGAAAGUGCGCGAAAUGCACCAGAUUAUGUGCGACCGCAUGCUGCGUAGCGAAACGCUUAUCAGUCGCUUGACGGCUUUAAAGUUUGAUGUGCUCUUAUAUGAUCCCAUGAUCAUAUGCAGUGACUUGCUGGCGAAUAUUCUGGAUCUUCCAGUCGUGCUUUCUCUACGGUUUUCGCUGGGGUUUUCCAUGGAGAGGAUGUGUGGACAGAUGCCCUCACCGCCUUCUUAUGUACCAGUUCCUCCGACGGAGAUGACAGAUCACAUGUGCUUCAUGGAAAGAGUUAAAAAUGUGAUUGUGUAUGUUGUUUAUUCAUUCGCGUUUCGGAUGGCCUCGAUGAGUUUGGAUAAUUACUACAGUGAAGUAUUAGGAAAACCCACAACCAUGUGUGAGACCAUGGGAAAAGCCGACAUCUGGUUGAUUAGAACUUACUGGGAUUUUGAGUAUCCACGCCCACUCCUGCCUAAUUUUAAAUUUGUUGGAGGACUACACUGUAAACCUGCCAAGCCUCUGUCGAAGGAACUGGAGGAGUUUGUUCAGAGCUCAGGAGAUCAUGGCAUCAUUGUGUUCUCAUUGGGUUCCAUGAUCGGCAACCUGACAAUGGAAAGAGCAAACACUAUUGCUUCUGCUCUUGGCCAGAUCCCACAAAAGGUUGUUUGGCGUUAUCAUGGGAAAACACCAGAAACUCUUGCCCCCAAUACAAAAAUCUAUGACUGGAUCCCACAGAAUGAUUUGCUUGGUCAUCCAAAAACAAAGGCCUUCAUUACCCAUGGUGGGACAAACGGACUGUAUGAGGCUAUUUAUCAUGGUGUCCCAAUGGUGGGCUUGCCACUGUUUGCUGACCAACCUGAUAACCUAAUGCACAUGAAAACCAAAGGAGCUGCUGUUGUUCUUGACAUCAACAAAAUGCAGUCCGAAGACCUGGUGGAUGCUCUCAAGACUGUCUUAAAUAAUCCAUCAUACAAGGAGAGCAUCAUGAGACUAUCCCGAAUCCAUCAUGAUCAGCCAAUGAAGCCUCUGGACCAGGCAGUUUACUGGAUUGAAUUUGUAAUGCGGAAUAAAGGAGCUAAACAUCUCAGAGUUCAGGCACAUGAUCUGAGCUGGUAUCAGUACCACUGCCUGGAUGUAGUGGCCUUCUUACUCUCAAUUGUUGCACUGAUCACAUUCCUCGUUAUUAAAACAUGCUGUUUCCUUUUCCGUAAAUGUUUCAGAAAGACUCGUCCUGAUGCCAAAGCAAAAAAGAGUAAAAAAGAGUGAAUGUAAAGUAGGUUCCCAUAUAGAAGCAUUGCCUUCAAUUGACUGCGGUACGUGUGUCAUCAUCACAUGUGUAUGAUGGCCAGUGUACAUUCCAAACCGUAUGUUCUUAUUGAAAUGAAUACAUGUGAAUGUUAAUAAUUAUGUACAAUAAUUACAUAAGAUGACAGAAAUAAAAACAUUUCUUUAAUAUAAUGCAUAUUACUGAUUGCUGAGAUGUAAACUAAAUGUAGGCUCGAACUGAGGGGUUCAUUUACAGUCAGUGAUGACAAUGGUUUUAAAUCAGUGAGGGAACUCUAGUUGGAGAGUCAGGGGCCAUUUAUUUACUUCAUAAUUUUCAGGCCCUUUCUGGUGAUCAGAGUCUAUUUAAA